AUGACUACCUCCACGGAAGUCUAUGCUUCAACACCAGAGGUGAUCGCUGCAAAGGACCAGCCAGACGUGUCUGCGGCCGAAUUCAGAGACAUCGCAAAGGUCUGGGUGGAUCGGUACCAUCUUGACCCGUCGUAUAAACAUGACAUUACCGACAUCAUCGAUUCAGUAACAAAAGAUUGCGUCUCUCAGCUUGGGCCAGACCUUGGGCCUAAAUAUGCAGAAAAUGGAUGUGUACUGGGGGUCACAUUCUACAUGACACACCCCAGGGAACUACAGCGCAUAAUAGGUCUCUUUACGGCCGGAUUUCUCAGCCUAGAUGACUUGGCCCCAUCUAUGAGGGAGGACCUGUACAUGUUCCAGCCGCGAUUGAUAGUUGGUGAAAAGCAGGCACGCGGUCCUUUAGAGCUCUUGCGCAAGGCUCUCGCGGAGAUGGAGCCUUACUACAGCAAGCUUGCGAUGGGCAUGAUAUAUGGUACCGUUAUAGAGGAUAUCUUAUCCAUGACACUGGAGAGACCGGAACGUCCCUAUACUGCGGACAAAGUGUCGCCGGACUUUACCUCUUUCUUUCGACGUAUGCUGGGAUUCGGCCGACCGUACGGCUGGUUCAUCAUCGCCAAACCUCUCUUUAACACCCCAGUUGACGAAGUGGAGUUGGUGCAUUUUGGUGUGAUGCCAGAUUUGGCAGAAUUGGGGGUUGUGAUUAAUGACAUACUUUCGUUCUAUAAGGAGUCCGUCGUGGGAGACGAGCGGGACAAUCAUGCGUACCGGGAGGCGCGCGCUCGACGAGUCUCACUCAAUACUGUGUUGCAGGAAUUCACGAGCCAGUUGAUUGCAACCUUUGAUGCGGUGCACGAUAAGGUGGCCGAGAAUCCGCAGCUGCAGUAUGUUCUGGACUCCUGGAUGAAGGGCAUGAUCAUGUUCCAUUUCUGUGCUCCACGCUAUCGGCUGGGUGAACUUAAUUUCAAGUCUUAA